AUGUAUGUCACGGGUCCAUAUGCCCACGAGACGCAGCUGGUAUCUCCUCCUGUUUUCUCAACUUUCACAACAGAGCCAUCUACAGCCCCUGUGACUCCACCCCCAGAAUUGGCACAUUUAACUACUCCCUCUUCUCCAGACGUACCUUAUGCCCAUUUCCUUUCAUCCACCAUCAAUCUCAAAAGCACUGAUAAGAACAAUUAUAUGGCUGGCAAUGAUCUUCAAGCAACAUAUUCUCUCUAUCCAGGAAGCCCGGCAAGUGCUCUCAGAUCACCUGUUUCAAGAAUGUCUAGUGACAACUUAUCAUCUUUUCCCGAACGGGAGUUUCCUCCUCAAUGGGAUCCUUCCAUGUCUACAAAGGAAACUGAAUUCCCAAAUUCUGAUUCAGCCGGGUUACCUGGGGGGCUUCAACCAGCAGGUGCCUCCAAGUCACGUCAAGAUUCCAAUUUCUUCUGCCCCGAGACAUUUGCUCAGUUCUACUUGGAUCAGUCUUCAUUUUCUCAUGCUGGUGGUAGGCUCAGUAUUUCUAAAGAAUCUGAUGCUUACUCAAACGGUGGAAACGGGUACCAGAAUAGGCAGAACAAAAUGUGCAAAACUGAUGUUGAGGAAAUAGAAGCUUACAGAGCAUCCUUUGGUUUCAGUGCAGAUGAAGUCAUCACUACAACUCACUAUGUGGAGAUUUCUGAUGUAUUAGAGGACUCCUUCAGUAUGACGCCUUUUAACUCUAACAAACCAGUCGAAGAGGAACAUGUAUUAACUGCACCAGCAGUAGAUGGAGCACAAAUGGAGAAAACACAAGAAGAGUUUUCAGGUCCACAAUAUGGUAAAGCACGAAAGAAUCACGCUGAAGGGACACCCUCUGGAGUGCCAGGCUUAUGUGACGGUCUUAAAGAUCAAGUACAGCAGCGUCGACUUGGAGAUGUUUCUGGCCAAAGUACUCCAGGGAUCCACAUUCUGAGUGAUGAUGACUGUAUAUUCUCUGAGUCUGGAUCUACAAGAAAUGGCCGGAAAUAUAAUAUUGGCUCGUCAAAUUCUGACGCAGAAGUCGAGUAUAGGAGAGGGCGAAGCUUAAGAGAAGCGAGGAGCCUGAGAUAAAGCUAAGGUUAAUCAUCAUGGCUUGAAUAUUCAUCAGAUAAUAGUCUCUUGUAUGUAUUAAUUUGCAGCUUUUUUGCUUCCUUCUGUCGGGAGAUAUCUUCACAAAUGAUCUAACCUUUGAUCCGACCCUUGUUUUGCCUUUCUUUUCGUGUGUCUAUCGUAUAAUAUAUUCUCUCGAAAAUUCUGCUGGUGGGUUUUGGAGUCUGUAUGGUAUAUAUUGGUUCAUAUGGUUGCAAAGAAUAGAUUAUGUGCACUUCUUAGAAAUGUCUCAAUCAAAGUUCUGUUUCAUUUAUAUUUUCCA